AAGUGGUGGAAUGGAUAAUGCACAAGAAUGAGAGGUGCUGAAAAUUAUCAACUGUUCAUUUAAAAAUAUAGUUCUUCACUAGCCUCCCCACCAAACACACAGCAAAUCAAAAGAUGAUUGCACUCAAAGCAAUUCAAACCUCUUUGUCCCUAACCAAACAUGCCUCUUUUCAUCCAAGAAGAUUCACCAACACAAACAAUUCCAUCCUCUGUCUCUGCAAGUCCAAUGAUUCUGAUUCCGAAUCUACCUCACCAGAAGGAGAUACUCGUAAGCAAGACUUGCUGGCUAGGAUUGCAAUGCUUCAAGCUCAAAAAGUCCGCCUCACAGAUUACUUGGAUGAAAGAUCUGCUUAUUUAACCCAGUUUGCUGAAGAAGCCAACGCAGAGUUUGACAAGAUAGGAGAAGAAGCUCUCAAAGGACUUGACGAAGCUGGCACCAGGAUCAUGGAGAAUAUUGAGAAUCAAAUGCAAGCUUUCGAAGAAUCUGCAGAAAUCAACAGAAAAGAUAUUGAGAUGAAUGAAAACCAGUUAGCCAAUUUUGAAGACCAAAUUGAGAAAGAGAGGAAUGAAGGGCUGUUCUUUAAAAAUUUAAGGGAGCAAAAACCAGUGGAGAAGGUAAAAGCAACGGAAGAAACAAAAAAGAUGAAAGAGCUUGCUAAAGAAAGUGCUGGAUCAAAAACUAGAAGGAAUAUCUACCUGGCGUUAAUUAGUCUGCUGAUCCUAGGGAUUGCUGACUCUUUUAUCUCCUCACCUGAUUGGCGUAAGGUUGCAGUUCUGGGAGCCAUUCUAGUGGCCUUGUCUUCUCAGUUUAUCUAUGAACAAUCCUUGUUAUCAGAAGCGGAAGAAAGAGAAACCAAAAAAGUUGAUGAAGAAAAGAACUGAAGUUCAUGUUGUAAAGGCCAUUCAUUUUCUCAAAGGAAUAUAACUUGAUAAUAUAGACCCAAGUGAAAACUUAACGCUUGGGCUUGAUACAUCAAGCCACUUUGCUUUGGCAUCAUCAACAUUACGACCUUGGUAAUAUCACUACAAUCACCAAAGCUAAUGCGAUUUACCAUGAUGCAGUUGUGAAUUUCUGUUAACUACAAGGUUUGAACACCAAAAAUAGUGGGCUAGUGCACAUGCAUAGCUGAAGAACGGAGAUUAGAUGUGUGUGCCUCUGUUUAUAAAUGUUUUUUUUUACUGGAGAACUUCCACAUCAGCUGUUUGCAGGUAGACUUGGCAGCUAAUGCUUACAAAAAAUUUCAUUCCUUUUCCUGAACGAUAGUAUAGUUCACCAACCUACUUUUGACUUCUAGAAGCAACACAUAAAGGUAGCAGUUGCUUGUAGAGACAUAAAUUGGCAUUUGUGUAUUCUCAUUGGUCAAUUUAGUACAUCACCUGCUAUUUUUCCAUGGAGAAUGAUCAAUAACUUCCAGUCA